AUGUUGGAGAAUUAUCCCCUAGAUAUUCUUCGGACGAUCGUAUCACAACUUGAUGAUCGGGUUGACCUGAAAAGCUUGUCCGAAACAUCACGGUUUUGGAACGAAGUCACUAAUCCGUUUCUAUACAGAAAUAUCUUUAUUUCAACCUCUAGGAACGAUUAUGGCAUAAUCCAGGCUCACCUGAGAGCGGGAGUACUUCAAUAUACCAGGAAUAUUCAAGUUUUAUGCAGCAGAUCUCUAACUGGGCCCAAUGAUUUCGAUUUUGAAGACUAUUCCCCUUGCACUGACUCACCCAACCACUAUUGCACCAGAUUCGAUAGCAAUGAAAGUGUCAUUGAUUCUCUUUAUAACUGGGAUCUUUACCAAGGUCUCAGUAGUGCCGAGCUAGCAGAUAAGAAGCGGUGGAUAGAUCCUGAUGGCGACCCUAACUUCUAUCCUGAAUUAUUCAACCUUGGAUCCAGGCGGAGAAUACUGUCCGUAUUAAUAAGAUGCAGGGAGGGAUUUUUGAAGAGUUUUAGACAGCCUUUUAUCGAACAGCUCCGCUUUGGGUUCCUUGAAUGUUGUAAUUUACAACACCCUCAAUUAUUUACCAGGUUAAAACGCCUGGCAAUACUUAAUGCGGAAGAAUCCACGUUUAUUGACCAUGAAUCUGAAGUAAAGAAUGUCCGGGACUGCGUGACACUCAACUGCGGUCAACUGGAGUACCUUGAGAUCAGCUGCAUAUACUGGCAGCUCUUGGGCGAUGAAUAUGAUAUCGAGGACCAGCACUUCACGGAGGCGCUGAUAAAGCCAUGUCGAAAUGAUCAGCUCCGGUUCCCGAAUAUACAGCAUCUCGUACUCGAAGGAUAUCUAUUCAACAAAGGCCGAGUUAGCUUACUCAAGGAUUUGAAUCCAGAGGUACUGCACACCUUGUCCUUAAGAUCUUGCCUUUUCUGGGAGGAUUUAUUACCCUUACUUAACUCUGAGGACCGCCCUUUUCAUAUACGAACGUUGGAGGUGCAGGCAUAUUCUGGAUCUUUACCUGGAGUGAUGGAUCGGCAGCCCGAGGGGUGCCGUGAACUAGCAAGUUUUAUCGAGAAAUGCGAAGCACUCGAAAACUUAUUCAUUGGGAUAGAACGGGCAUUUGGUCUUGAGCGACUCUGGAGAUCGCUCCUUCGGCACCGAAAGACACUCAAGUCCUUUGUUUUCUACUCUCUUCCCGGCAGAAUUGAAGGUCCACAUGCUGCUCCAACACCGUACUAUGUCCCGAACCUUUCAUUUGACCCGCCGUACCACAACGAGAUAGAAUCCGGGAGGUUGACUUUGAAGCACCUGGAUCUGGAACUGCUCGGGGUCAGCUAUGAGCCAGAGUAUCUGGUGUGUUUUGAUUCUGAUUCAAUGCUAUGGGAAAAUACUAAUAAGUCGAUGUUGUUAGAUACCAGCUCUCUCUCCGCUAACUACCAUGGGCAGCCUGAAAGUGUUGCUUAUUCAAGGCUUCCAUAUACAUCCUGA